AUGUUCUACUUGCUCGUGGUGAUUGGGGCGAUUUUAUUAUGUGUUUAUUGCGUCCUGCAACGAUGCACCCGUAAUUGGAAAAUGUUAAGGGAAUAUCCCGGCGACUAUCCGCUACCCAUCGUCGGAAAUGGCUUACAAUUGGGAUUUGAUUCAGAAAAAUCAUCCGAUAAGAUUUUAAAUCUAUGGAAAAAAUAUGGAAUGCAAAAUUUUCGCAUGACGGUCGGCAAUGAAGAGUGGUUGCUGGUUACCAAUCCCGAUGACGUCGCCACAAUACUGAAUCAUCCGACUGAGCUAUGUAAACAAGUCGAGAGGAACACUGGAAUGAAACCCCUUUUUGGAAACUCUCUUUCAACUUCUAACGGUGAGCGAUGGAGGUUGAUACGCAAAUUGGUGUCGCCAAGUUUUCACUUCAAAACAAUAGAGAAGAAAAUUGACACCGUUAAUAAGCAUUGCGACCGAUUAUUUGAACUCUUGGAUGAGCAAAAUAGGAUUGACGUAUACAAAUACAUUAAGCCUUUUUUGUUGGAUACAGUGUGUUCUUCCCUGAUGGGCGUUGAAAUGAAUUUCCUAGACAGUAUAGACCAUCCAUACUUCGAGGCAGGCGACACAGCAAUGAAAUUAAUAACGGAUACUUACUUUUCUUAUUGGAGAAGUAUCCCAUGGUUUGUGACGUUCACAAAAUUGUACAAGGAAACGCAGCGUAUCGCUAAAGUUCUCGAUAAUAUGAGUAAUGAUGUUAUUGCACAACGAAGAAAAAAAUUACAAAAAGUCAUUGAAUAUGCAGAAAACAAUAAAAAUGUCAUGGAACUCGAUGUCUUAAUAGAAAAUGAAUGCUUAUUGGAUAGAUUAAUUUUAAGCAAACUGCAUUGCGGUGUUGUACUCAAUGAAGAUAUUAUUUUUGAAGAAGUCAAACUUGCAUGUUGGACAGGUCAUCAUACGACUGGAAUAGCGUUGUCCCACGCUCUGUACUGCAUUGCAAAGUUUUCUGAAGUACAACACAGGGUUUUGGAGGAACAAACAUUAAUUUUUAAUGAGAACAGGUUCAAAAAACCAAAUCAUAAGGAACUGAAUGAGAUGAAAUAUCUAGAAGCUGUUAUUAAGGAGAGUAUACGUGUUUUGCCAACGAUAACAAAAAUAUCUAGACAUCUUAAGAAUGAUUUACAGCUCAAAGAUGGGCGAGUGGUACCAGCUAAUACGACGCUAGUAAUAUUCUUCAAAGGGAUGUACCAAGAUCCAAAGAUAUUUUCAGAACCUGAAAAAUAUAACCCUGACAGGUUCUUCUCACCGAUGCAUAAUUACGCAUUAGUUCCGUUUAGCUCAGGUCCACGUAAUUGUGUAGGUUUUCGAUUCGCAUGGGUUGCAUUGAAAGCUACAAUAUCCAAUAUUAUAAGGCGGUAUGAGCUUGGUCUCGCCGGUCCCGGCACAGAACCACAAUUUGUUCAUAGAUUAAUGACGGAGUCAAGAAAUGGUAUACAACUUAAUAUAAAAAGACGUGUUUAUUAG